AUGGCUUCAUCUACUCUUCAACAACAGGUGUCGGCCUUGCGCGUCGCUGAGACUGCCGACUCAGCUGUGACGUUUGAGAGCUUCGAAUUGCCUGCUACAAACCAGCGUGUCCUAGAUUACCCCCAUCCGCCCAACACCCAGAUUCCUCUUGCUCUUCACCCUUCUAGCGAUGUCGCAUCGCUGGACUCGGCCAUUUCUGCAAUCAGAGAUCUCCAGCGGGAUGGAACUCUGACUAAGUUGCUAUCGAGACACGGUGCUCUCCUCUUUCGGGACCUUCCGAUCCAUGACGCUGCCACAUUCAGCGAGUUCGCUCACGCGUUCGGCUACGCGCCGCACGAAAUCAUUGGCAUCGUCGUCGACCGGCCGCUGCUGGCGCCCAACGUCGCGCCGGCCAACGAGGCGCCCAAGGAGGUGCAGAUAUACAACCACAACGAGUCCCCCCAGGUGCCGCACGCACCGGAGUACAUCUUCUUCUACGCUCACGAAGCGCCGAGCGUCGGCGGCGAGACGCCUAUCUCGUCAAGCCUGGAGCUGUUCCACCGCGCGCAGGCCGAGAUACCCGAGUUCGUGCGGCUGCUCGCCGAGAAGGGCAUCCUGUGCAGGGUGACGUACAAGGCGACGCGGCAGCGGGCGGGCGGCUCGACGCUGCGCCAGGCGUUCGGCAAGGACGUCGUCGACGGCGACGACGAGGAGACAGCGCGCGGCAAGAUAGAGGCGCAGAUCCGGCGCUACGGGCGCGGUGAGCACACCACCUGGGAGUGGAGGGAGUUUGAGGACGGACGGGGGUUGGUUCUCACGCACCGGCUGCCGGUCAUCCGGACGCAGCCCGGUACUAACCUCCCCACGCUCUUCACCGGACUGGCGGCGCAUUACAAGCGAAUCCUCGAUGCUCGGGCGGCUGCCGCGGAUGGGAGGGUCGCGGCAAAGGACGUCGUGGAGCAGCUGUUUGGCGACGGGACGCCGAUCCCGGAAGAGUACCUGGCGCGCCUGGUCGACAUCACCGAGGACAUCCGGGUCCUGCACAGGUGGCAGCGGGGCGACGUGCUGGUGUUUGACAACAUCAUUGCCCAGCAUGGACGGGAGCCGUGGAAGGGGGAACAGACGGAUCGCGUGGUCCUGGCCAGCUUGUUCGAUGGGGAGAGGCUGCCAGGUGCGUAUGGGUUUGGAGACUGGGCGCAGGUUGUGCAAGCGGCGGAGGCUUAG